GGAAAUGGUACAGUUGUUGCUGUGCAGCUGGAUGUUGCUGAAUAGCAUUUCUGUGAGCUUGCUGUUCAAUCUGUCUGUUGUUCAGAAUGGCGAAGAACCCUAAUUUUCAGGAAGUCGGUCAUCUGCCUACAGGCUACGUCCACUGUAGACCUUCAGACAGCUUUACUGGCUACCAAUAUCACCAUCCCUCCAAGAUGAGCAACAGCCACCCGCUUCGUCCUUACACAGCUGUGGGUGAGAUUGACCAUGUUCACAUUCUGUCAGAGCAUAUCGGUGCGCUAAUGAAUGGGGAAGAAUAUAGUGAUGUUACCUUUAUUGUAGAAAAGAAACGUUUUCCGGCACACAGAGUGAUCCUGGCUGCUAGGUGCCAUUACUUCAGAGCAUUAUUGUAUGGCGGCAUGAGAGAAUCUCAGCCUGAAGCAGAAAUUCCUCUUCAGGACACCACUGCAGAAGCAUUUACCAUGCUCUUGAAAUAUAUUUACACUGGUCGUGCUACACUACGAGAUGAGAAGGAGGAGGUUCUCCUGGACUUCCUAAGCCUAGCACAUAAAUAUGGGUUCCCAGAACUGGAGGAUUCCACAUCUGAGUAUCUUUGCACAAUACUUAAUAUUCAGAAUGUCUGUAUGACAUUUGAUGUUGCCAGUCUUUAUUCCCUUCCGAAAUUAACUUGUAUGUGCUGUAUGUUCAUGGAUAGAAAUGCUCAAGAGGUGCUCUCCAGUGAAGGCUUCCUAUCACUUUCUAAGACUGCUCUUCUAAGUAUUGUUCUAAGGGAUUCAUUUGCAGCCCCUGAGAAGGACAUUUUCCAAGCCUUGAUGAAUUGGUGUAAACAUAACUCCAAGGAAAACCAUGCUGAAAUCAUGCAAGCAGUACGUUUGCCACUAAUGAGUCUAACAGAACUACUAAAUGUUGUAAGACCUUCUGGAUUGUUGUCACCUGAUGCCAUCCUAGAUGCUAUUAAGAUACGUUCUGAGAGUCGGGACAUGGACCUCAACUACAGGGGCAUGUUAAUACCAGGGGAAAAUAUUGCAACAAUGAAGUAUGGAGCGCAGGUUGUAAAAGGGGAGCUGAAGUCUGCUUUAUUAGAUGGGGAUACUCAGAACUAUGACUUGGAUCAUGGCUUCUCUCGACACCCGAUCGAUGAUGACUGCCGUUCUGGAAUUGAAAUUAAACUAGGCCAGCCAUCAAUAAUCAACCACAUACGAAUACUCCUGUGGGACAGAGAUAGUCGGUCUUAUUCCUACUACAUUGAGGUGUCCAUGGAUGAGUUGGAUUGGAUUCGGGUUAUCGAUCACUCUAAAUACCUUUGUCGGUCCUGGCAGAACCUGUAUUUUCCUGCCCGUGUCUGCAGGUAUAUUCGAAUUGUCGGGACCCACAACACAGUGAACAAAGUUUUCCAUAUCGUGGCAUUUGAAUGCAUGUUCACGAACAAAACGUUUACCCUUGAGAAAGGUCUGAUAGAAUCCAAAACAAAUGAAAAUUUUCACAAGCCAGAGAAACAUACUCCUUCAGAGGCAGAAGUGGUACCUGGCGUGAUGGGAAGUUUUGUAAAAGCUUCUACUCUGCCCAAUGGCAACAAGGAACAACAGUGG